AUGCAAUCAAAUUCGGAUAAACAAGGUUAUAAUCAACAAGAUAACAGCUAUAAUUUCGAAGGUGCUUAUCAAUCAUAUCAAGGAACGCCGCCACCACCACCUUAUUCAGUAAAUCUUCAACAAACACUUGAUGGAACUGCACAUACAACAUCAAACAAAUCAGAUUUUGAUCGAACACCGUUAUAUCAACAACAGAGUGCUGCUAUCACUCCAGUCAAUCGACCAUUUUGGAAUAAUAAUUUACGAGUACCAAUAACAACGAAUUUAAGAAAUUUUUUGAUUAUUUCUGGUUUCUUUUAUGCUCUAUGGGGUACAAUAGCAUUCAGUUUGCAAACUGCUAUUGUUGUCAAUUCUUAUUCAACAUAUUAUAAUGGUUUUUGGACAGGUAUCUUUUUUAUUGUUGCAGGCAUUCUUAUGACGAUUAUUGGAUUUCAAUCAUCAUAUCCGAUACUUCGCUUAUUACGAUUUUAUAUUGUUAACUUGACACUUUGUGCAUUCGCUUUUAGUUUUUCUAUGAUUAAUUACGCAAUAUCAACUCGAUGUACUUCAAGAACUUCACGUUAUUGUGAUGAUAAUUUAGCAAGUAAUUUAAAAUUUAUGCUUAUGAUUACAUUCAAUAUUGGUCUUAUACAUACUGUAGUAAAUAUGAUAGUAAUUUCUAAGGAACAUAAAAAAAUGUUAACACAAUUCAGUUCAAAUAUUUUAAUUUAA